CUGAUUGAACUGACGUUAUACAGAUUUCGGUAAGCUACUGCAACUUUCAACAUAUUAUUUUGAUGUUCAUUCAUGUUUAUUUCCUUCUGUAGAGUAGUAAAGAGGAAGAGAUGAUCGCGUUCACUCACAAUCCUCAAAAAGUGUUCAAGAUGAGAUGAAAGAUGAAAAGUGACGCAGACUUUGUUUAAUUUUUUUUCAUAAUACUUUCUUUUCAUAAUAUAAAUAAAUGCAUAGCCAUCAGAAGCUAUUAAAUGUGUUAUCAUUAAAAUAUAAAAAUUAAAAUGAUGCAGCAACAUAUGAUAGAUAGGACAGAACAAAAAAAAAUGCUAUUAACAAUCUUUCAUUGCGCAAAAGUAUUAUAAUAUGAACGGCUCCCAUACAGAGCGGCUCAAAGCGCUUAUGCGCAUCUUAUGCGCAUUGUUAACAAUAACACAGAAUAGUACACGCACAGUAUCGGAUUUGGAUCGGUCCCGUCCGGCCGAUACCCGAUCCGGCAAAAAUGGCAGUAUCGGAGCCGAUACCGAUCUGAAUAUCGGAGCAUCCCUAAUCUAAACUUCUGUUAAUUCUCAAUAAGAUAUUUUGUAUGGUCAGUAAUAAGUGUAAUAAUGUGUAAUGGCUGGAUGACAGUUGUAGUUCUGCUUGUAGUUGUAGUUUCUGCUCAUAUUUUUUUCCGUUCUUGUUCCUCUUUUCAGUGGUUCUGCUUGUUAACAGCAGGUGUUCAUCAUUAAUGCUUAAUCAUCACUUAAAUAUUAACACUAUUGCCAGUUAUGUACUGGCAAAAUUAAGUUUUGUGGGUCACCAUUGUGCUGAAGAGUAGAGCCUGUGCUUAGGUUCAGGAGAAGAUCAAGAGACAUUGAUGAUAUGCUGCAUGUUGUUUUAUUUAACAGAUGGUGACUGUAUAGUCACUGAUGCAGUGAAAUUCUCUUUAUUUCAAAUGUUUUUGAAAUAUUUUAUUUUAUUUCAAAUGUUUUUAAAGCCAGUUGGUUUCUGCUAAUGAAAUGAGGUAACACGAAUUUUAAUUUAGUGCAUGGUAUCUUUACAGUAACAUACUGCAGAUUACAGUAAAUAACUACAAUCAACAGUAAAUUACUGGCAACAGUGUUGCCAGUAUUUUACUGUAAAAAAGCCUGGCAAGGUCUAACAGUGUGAGCUAUAAAAUCUCUUCUAUUUUAAUCUGCCCUAACCAUCUACAGCAAGUGAAAGGACAAUUAAACCUCAUCUGAACUUGUUACAGUGAACAGAGUUUAUCAUGCAGUUUCAAGUGUUAGAUACAGAUCAACUCAAAGAGUUGUGUGUUGGCAUAUAUGUAAUCUCUUCAAGAGUUUGAUUGAGUAUUUUAUCCAUUCUCUAGAAAACAAUUGUAGAAUUAGUUUGCUUACUGUAAAAGCUAGAAGUGUUUUGAGGCCUCUUGGCCUUUGUAACUGUAAGGGUCAGACAAGUUAACUUGGCCACAGCUUAUUUUGUUGGUAAUUUUCCACCAGACAACAGGUGGCUGUGAAAUGAAUAAGACCAUUGUUAGGUGUGUCAUAUGAAGGCUUCUUGUCUCUGGGGUGUAUUGACUGAUUUGAUACAAUGUCUCAUUUGGCCCAUGGGAAAAGGGUUGACCAUCAAAUUGGCAGAAGGCCCAUGAGAAAUUAAGUCAAAAGAUGUACAGUAGGUAGAAAUUGGGCACCCUUACUAAGAAAAUUGUCUCUUACAUAAGCAACACCUGCAAUUAUAUUAGAGAAUUGACUGGUAGAAAGCUCAGGGAGUGCAUGGGAAGGAGGUGUGGGAGGAAAGCUCCCGUAGAUGAGAUCAUGGAAAAUAACUAGGAGUGGAUCUCACACUGUAACAGAUAAGUAAAAUGUAUAAACUGUGCCCCAGCUAAGAGAGAUUCAGAUAUGGAACUGGCAUCUCACUUUGUUGCUUGACAAUAAAGUUAAAUACUUCUGAGACCUGGAACUUUGACUCUGUGAGUUUUUUCUUUGAGACCAGAACUGAGGGGACAGAGGGACAUCAAAUUUGCCAUGACAAGUUGAGCUGACUCCUGCUCUUGACAUUACCUGAUGGAAGACAACAAGAAGAUUGGUGAAAUAAGAGAAGCAAAGGAGAAACAUCAUCAUGUCACAACUGGUGAAAUAUCUUCGAGUUGCUCACAGACUGAAAGUAAUUUAUUGAAAAAAUCUUUCACCUGCCUUCAGUGUGGGAAGAGAUUCACAGAAACUGGAAUCCUGAAGAGACACAUGAAAAUCCACACUGGAGAAAAACCACACACAUGUGAUCAGUGUGGGAAGAGUUUCUUUAAAAAAAGAACCCUUAAUGAACACAGAAGGUUUCACACUGGAAUGAAUCUGCACACAUGUGAUCAGUGUGGGAAGAGUUUUACACAGAAAAGAUACCUUAAUGUACACAUGAGGAUCCACACCGGAGAGAAGCCGUACACAUGUGAUCAGUGCGGGAAGAGUUACAGACAGUCAAGCACUCUUAAAUCACAUCUGCGUUCUCAUUCUGGAGAAAGACCAUUUAACUGUGAUCAGUGUGGUAAAAAAUUUCUUAGGGCAGAACACCUGAAGAGGCACCUGAAAGUUCACACAAAAGAGAAGCCUCACUUGUGUUCUUUGUGUGGAAAGAGUUUCAGUCAGCUGAGUACUUUAGAAAUACACCAGAAAAGACACAGCGGUGUGAAGAAUUAUGUGUGCUUUGAUUGUGGGAAGACCUUUUUUACAGAUAGAGAAGUGAAACAGCAUCAGAGAAUUCACACUGGAGAAAAACCCUAUAAGUGUUCACACUGUGACAAGAGAUUCAGACAUUUAGUAUCUGUAAAUGCACAUGAGAGCAUUCACACUGGAGCAAAACCUUACAAGUGUUCACACUGUGACAAGAGAUUCAAAUGGUCUGCAUGUCUGAAAGCGCAUGAGUGGAUUCACACUGGAGUGAAGCCGUAUCACUGCGCUGCAUGUGGCAAGAGUUUCACUUAUUCCUCUACUUUACUCAGUCACACAAAAAAUAAAUGUCUAAAAUCAUGAAAUCAUGUCUGAAUUCAUCUUCAGAUCCAACACAAUCACAAAAUGAAAGUAAUGCAGUAGCCCCUAAUGGACAACUGCUGCACACAUAUAAUAAAACAUAAACAAAACAGAUCAUAAAGUCCAGGUCUGGUCCUGCUUGCCACACAGAUCAACUUGAAGAUGGAUCUCCUCCCAAAUGAACAGUAUUCUUGUAUAGGAUUUUACUUUUGUGAUAUUAUUCAAAUCAUUAUGCUUUAUUAAGUUUUUUGUUGUUGUUGUUCCAUUUAUCUUUAAAUUUCUUAUUAUGGAGUGAUUUUAGUGAGCGAUUAAAAUUAAUGUAGAAUAGAGUGUGUGCAUGGUUCAAGUUGUUUGUCUCUCAUUUCUGCUAGAAAUCAUGCAAGUCACUUGGCUUAUUUUCUCAAGCAACUGUCAUGCUGUUUGGUGAUCUAAGUUGUCUAAGGUCACAUAAGUCAGGGAUGCCCUUCUUUAUUCUCCAUUGACAGGGUUUUCUGGCUUUCUGUGUUAUAUGGUGCAUUGUUGUGUAUUUUGUUAAAGCUGUUUUUUUAACUACAUUUACCAUUUUGCACAUUGUUGCGUGUGUUUCCCGUAAUGUUCCGGUGUUAAGUCUACAAUGCAUAAGUGAGUAAACAGAGCAGUCAUGCUAUGUCUGUGUGUGUCAUGUAUGCACCAUGAUAUUCCCUCAAAAGAUGCAAAAGUGUGGCAACAAGGAUUUCAUUACUAUUAAAGGGUUAGUUCACCCAAAAAUAGAAAUUCUGUCAUUAAUUUCUCACCCUCAUGUCAUUCCACACCCGU